AUGUCCUCGCUUUCAGCACGGUUGUACUUGUUCCUGAUUAUCUGGCAAUUUGCCGGAGCUAUUGAUAUUUCCUCGAGUAGUGAAUCUUGUGAAGGAUUCCCCUCUGGAUCCUUCCAGAGAGGUCAGAGGAUCCUCCUCUACGCCCGUCCAAAGACUGGGCCAAACGCUAGUCAAAUGACCGUAAAUCUUUAUGCCUACAAUCAAAACAUCCUCUUCCAUUUCAAUCCAAGACCUGAGGAAAAUGUGGUGGUCCGAAGCACGAGCAUCGGAGGAGUCUGGCAGGCUGCUGAUCGUGACGGAGGGUACCCAUUCGCAACGGGAGUUCGAUUCAACUUAACCAUCGUCAACGAGGCGGCUGGCCUUCAGAUGUACGUGAAUCGGAACUUUUUCGGGGCGUACCGGCAUCGCACGGAAAAUCCAUUCAGAGCCUACGUUUCUGUGUCAGCUAGCGGUGCAAUGGAUAUUUUUGGGUUGGUAGUGGUGUAAUU